UUCAAUCACAGCGGUUUUGCCAAUAACGGGAGUUAACGUGAUUCUGAAAGCCCACUGAUCGAUGCUCGUGAUUAGCUAGUAAACGAGACACGUAUUACACCUCUAUAGCUAACUUGUUUAAGAUCUUGAGUUUACUAGCUAACAUUAUUAGUUAGACGAUUUGCGGACGAGUACAGUAGAGUAUAGCUAGUUACACAACCGGCUUGCCCAGAUAUCAAUAUUCAUUCAGUCACUGAAAAAAAGAUGUCACAGAGGCGUCGUUCCAAGUCUUGGACAGAGUUGAAACAAGCAGGCAACGAAUUCUUUAAAACUGGACAGUAUGGGGAGGCUGCUUCUAUUUACAGCCAGGCUAUCAAAGAAGUGGAGAAGUCAGGAAAGAAGAAUCCAGAGGAUCUUAGUAUCCUGUAUUCUAACCGUGCAGCCAGUUAUCUGAAGGAUGGAAAUUGUUGGGAGUGUGUGAAGGACUGUACAGUAUCUCUUGACCUAGUUCCGUUUGGCAUCAAGCCUCUCCUUCGCCGGGCUGCAGCGUAUGAAGCAUUGGAGAGAUACAGAUUAGCCUAUGUGGACUACAAGACGGCCUUACAGAUCGACUGUAACAUACCUGCAGCCCAUGAUGGUACCAGCAGAAUGACGAAGUAUCUGACAGAGGUGGAUGGACUCUCAUGGCGAGAGAAGCUCCCACUUAUUCCCACUGUUCCGAUGGCCGUCAAAGAAAAAUUGUCUCUGGCAACAAGCCAACAAACAAAGCAACACAAUGGCACCAGAGAAAAUGAGAAAUCUGGUUGGUCUGUCCCAGGAGAGGAUUCCGUUAAAAAAGCCCUAACCCUGAAAGAGGAAGGCAAUGCGCAGGUGAAAAAAGGAGAGUACAAGAAAGCCAUAGAGAAAUACACUCAGAGCCUCAAACACAAUUCCUCAGAAAUCACAACCUACACAAAUAGGGCACUUUGCUACCUAUCUGUGAAGAUGUACAAGGAGGCAGUGCAAGAUUGUGGAGAGGCCCUGCGACUCGACUCCGCUAAUAUCAAGGCACUGUACAGACGAGCACAGGCACACAAGGAGCUGAAAGACUACAAAGCUUGCAUUGAAGAUCUAAACAGCUUGCUGAAAGUUGAGCCAAAGAACUCAGCCGGACAGAAUUUACUGCUGGAAGUGCAAAAGAAGAAAUGAGCUUGUGAUUCGGAUGGUUGCCUGUGGAUGUGAACGACCCUACGCUGACCUGGUGUACAUGCCUGAAGUGCCUGUAUUCACUCACAGAAGCAGGUUUUCCAAUCUAUUUCCUGGCCUGUUUAAUUUAAAUCCACUCAAGAUGGAGUAUUGCUUUGACUACUACAGGGGAAGCACAGUCAAUGCAGUGCAUAUUUAGCCUUCAUAUACAUCAUGCAAUCACUGCAUGAAACUGAAAAUAUAGCAUUCAACCAUUGUUUUACAAGGACUAUGCAUGUGUAUGUAUUUCCACUAGCAUAAGCGAUUUUCACGAUCAACUACUGUUGUAGUUGAAGAUAUAGUUCAACCAAAUUACAAAACUACAUUGGUUUUACUUACAGACUUAUUACUCUGUAAGCAUUCUAUGGACGAGGUAGGACAGCAAUCCAUGCAUUGUUUUUGUUUACCUGGUCACUGUUUCAAAUGCUAACUUUUUAGCAUUUAUGGCACAAAAAUAAAUUAAAAAAUGAAUAUUUUAUGGGUAUUUUCAUUGAGUCGAGGAAAGUAACACUAUACCAGAGAAACAGAUGGUUACCGUAUUAUUAGUGAAUUUAAGAGCAUAUUGAAACAUCAUUACCACCUGUAUCACCUAACAUGUUGACAAUUCUAUCAGCAAUGCAUAAUCUUUAAUGUCAUUUUUUUUCACUAAUUAGGAUUCAGGAAACAAAUCAAACUUUCAUCCUCCCUGAUGGGGGCUGAAUUGGAUGAUACCAGUUGUGAAACUAGUUGUUUUCCAUUGUCCAGUUGUUGCUUCAAUUACGGAAUGUUUGAACAUCUUUUUUUGUUAAAUUUAUCUUUGGAAUAUCAAUGCUUUUGCAGUGGUGACACAAGUUAGUGUGGGUGUUUUAGAUUUCAGCAAUGUCAUCUGGGUAUAUUGGUGAUUGCAGCACUUUUUUUAAAUUCUGUGAAAUGUUGGAACGCUUACCUCAUGUUGCAAAAUAAUAAAGAUAUGACUUUAUACACAGUG